AUGAGGUUGUCAAUCCGUGUUAGUGCCGCUGCCGCACUAAUUAUCCUCACUCUCGUCUUGGUCAACCGCAGUCUGAAGAGCAAAGGUGAAUCACUUCAGGAUAUAUGGCACUUCGAUACUGGAUCCUUCCGCACAUCCCUCCGACCAAAAUCCCAACCUGAUACGGGAUCGCAACGGAAAUGGCGGGUUGCAUCGGAUAAUAAGCCCGCUCUGGUCUACCAGACCACCGAGAUCGUGGUCCCCAACCAAGGUGCUAUUGUGAUGGGCAAACGCAAGGAGGAAGAUACUGCUUGGAUCGGAGCGGAACUAGCAGAAUGGCGCAGCGUCAUUUACACCGUCGACGAUAUCAAUGCCCCGACGCACACCCCGAAGAACAAGGGUCGCGAGGCUCUCCCCUAUCUCCAAUACCUGGUCGACCACUACGACGACCUUCCUGACGUCGUGGUCUUCCUACACAGCCACCGCGACGGUGUGAUCGCCGGCUGGCACAUCGACACCAUGGAUUACAGCAAUGUGGACUCGGUGCGCGCAUUGCAGAAGGAAUUUGUGCAACAGGCAGGCUUUGUCAACUUGCGUUGCCAAUUGAGCCCAGGAUGUCCCUCUGCCAUCCAACCAUUCCGUCAACCCCCGAAUCCCGAAAGCCAGGGCGAGGCACACUACGCUGCUGCCUGGAAACAGCUGUUCCCCGGUGAGCCGGUGCCCCGCGAGAUCGCCGCCCCGUGCUGCUCCCAGUUCGCCGUUUCCCGCGAGCAGAUUCUCCAGCGCCCCCACAGCGAUUACCAGCGCAUGUAUGACUGGGUGAUGAAUAAUGACCUGCCGGACGAGGCUACCUCCAACAUUAUGGAGUAUUCAUGGCACAUCAUUUUCGGCAAGGAUCCCGUCUUCUGCCCUGAUUUGUUCCAAUGCUACGCAGAUGUCUACGGCGAAGAAGUCAUCUUUAACUACUGA